UCUCUUUCCUCCAAGAGACUUGUAGGUCGCCAGGUCGUUGUCCUCCCGCCCUCCCCUUCUAAUCCACAUCUCUACUGCAAGAUGGCCUCUAGGUUUCGUAUCACUCGUGCUCUAGCUAGAGCCGAGAAGGCCAAUACCUCUGCGCUCUACUCACGGCCAGUUUCGUCUUCCACAGCCUGCAAUGCCAAAUUCACCACAGACUCAUAUCCUGAGAUCAAGAGAGACUCGAGGUUUUCGCAGCUCACGGAAGACCAUGUCAAGUACUUCAAGGAACUCCUCGGCAGUGGCGCUGCCGUUCUGGACGCUGUCACCAACGAGGCAGCGGUAGAUGAUAUGGAGCCCUUCAACCGCGACUGGAUGAAAAAGUAUCAGGGUCACUGCAGGCUUGUGUUGAAGCCCGGCUCCACCGAGGAGGUCAGCAAAGUCCUAAAGUACUGCAACGACAAUUUGCUGGCGGUCGUCCCGCAGGGUGGCAACACUGGCCUGGUGGGAGGAUCUGUCCCUGUUUUUGAUGAGAUUGUCAUCAACAUGAGCCGGAUGAACCAGAUUCGGUCUUUUGAUGAGGUCAGUGGCGUGCUCACAGCCGACGCUGGCUCUGUGCUUGAGGUUGUCGACAACUACCUGGCGGAAAGAGGCUAUAUCUUUCCUCUGGACCUGGCUGCAAAGGGAUCCUGCCACAUCGGAGGCAAUGUCGCGACGAAUGCCGGUGGUCUGAGGCUUCUGAGGUACGGCAGCCUGCACGGCAGCGUGCUGGGCAUCGAGGCGGUGCUACCCGACGGCACAGUGGUGGACGAUCUCUUCAAGCUGAGGAAGAACAACACCGGCUACGAUAUUAAGCAGCUGUUCAUCGGAGCUGAGGGCACGAUUGGCAUCAUCACCGGGCUCUCCAUCCACUGUCCUCAGAGGUCCAAGGCGGUCAAUGUUGCCUUUUUCGGCCUGGAAUCGUACGAGAAGGUCCAACAGGCCUUCCGCGAGGCCAAGGGGCAGCUGUCGGAGAUCCUGUCGGCGUUCGAGCUCAUGGACAACGAGAGCCAAGAGCUCGUGCGGAGGGUCACCAAAAACAACUUCCCCCUGGAGAGCCAGUACCCUUUCUACUGCCUCAUCGAAACGAGCGGCUCGAACUCGGAGCACGACAGCGAGAAGCUGGAGGCCUUUCUCGAGGAUGUCAUGGGCAAGGAGAUCGUGUCGGACGGUGUGGUAGCGCAGGACGAGACGCAGAUUAAGUCGCUCUGGGGGUGGCGGGAAGGCAUCUCAGAGUCGUCUGGCGCGUUCGGAGGCGUCUACAAGUACGACGUCUCGAUACCACUGAAAUCCCUCUACCAGCUGGUCGAGGAUGUCAAGGCCAAGAUCCAGACUGCUGGGCUGAUGGGUGAGACGGACGAGUACCCGGUCGUCGACGUGGUUGGGUAUGGCCACAUGGGUGAUUCGAACCUGCACCUCAACGUCUGCGUGAGGCGGUACGACAAGGAAGUCGAAAAGGUCCUGGAACCUUACGUCUUUGAGUGGAUCCAGAAGCACGAAGGCAGUAUCAGCGCUGAGCACGGACUCGGCCUGGCGAAGAAGAAGUUCAUCGGCUAUAGCCGCAGUGACAACAUGAUUGGUCUGAUGAAGCAGAUCAAGAACCUCUACGAUCCGAACGGAAUCAUGAACCCUUACAAGUAUAUAUGAGGUGCAAAUCAUGUGCCUAGAUACAAUUAUCCCCUAGAACAGUACUUCAUGGUCAAAGCGUUAGACGCCCCGUUUUUGAAUAGGCUACCAAAUUAGCAUGCCACCACCUGGAGGCCAAUACCCCCGGCAGUGGCUGAGUAGCGCCACC